AUGAUGAAAUUACGACGACAGCCAUUUUCUGUAUAUAAUGCUAGCCCUGAUUCCAAUACGCAACACUCUGUACCAGAUCAACCACUACGUAAACGUCAACGAAAAGCUUCUAUCCAGUCGACAUCAGAAAAUGAUGAAAAUAAUAGUGAAAUCGAAAAUCGUUCAUUACUAUAUACUUCGGAUGAUACAGACGACGACGAUUACAGUAGUGGUAUUCAAACUCGAUCUAUAACAUUUGCCAAACGAAAGCAUGAUGAAAUGAAAUCAGAGCAAGAAGACGAGGAUGAGAAUGAAGUACUAAAUGAAUCUCAAUCGGAUGACGACGAUGAAGAAGAAGAAAGAGUUAUUAAACAAUCAAAUACACGGAUGGUGACUCGUCAAAUGUCACUUGUUAUGAAUAAUCAAACAAAAUCUAAAUCAAGCGUAAAAGUUCAACCAUUUGUUGAUCAUACUGAAGAUACAAUGAGCGAGAAUGGAGAUCAUCCACCGUCUACACGUCUUCGUUCAAAACGUUUAAAGAAUGAGCAACAUAACAUGGAUAAUGGUGCACAAUUUUUUGUUCGAAUAACUCCUAUUGAUAAUGAUGAUACAUCCCAACCAGCAGCAUUUUCUGCAAUAAGAAAGGAAAUAUGUUUUUAUUACACAACACCUGUACGUGCAGAUGAUGCUGAUAUUGAUUAUGAACAACUAGUUAAUCGAACACGUAUUAAACCGGCAUCAAUGGAUCAAUGUAAUCAAGGACAAUUAUUACCUGAUGAAAGUAUUGAUAAUGGCAAUAAUACGCGACCACAUGAACUUAUACCAUAUUUACUUCAACUUGAAAACAGUCUAAUGCCUGUAUUACCAAUUAUUAAACAAAAGAAAAAAUUAACAAAAGCAGGUACAGUUGUUUAUCAACGUCGUUUUCAAGUAUUACUUGAUUAUUUAUAUGGUCCGCAACGUUGUUCACAAAUAUCGGAACUUAUUCGACUACAUCUGCGUUCUAGACUUGUACUAAAUACACUUUUUCUUACAGUUAAUUUAUUUGAUCGUGCCAUUUUAACUGGCCAAUUACCACGUGAAUGUUAUUCAGAUGGAAAUCCUCAUUUAUUACUUACUUGCUUACUUAUUGCAGGCAAAUUCGAAGAAGUUGAAUGGCCAAGUAUUAGUUCAUUGAUUGCUAAUCGUGAACCAUUGAAAGCAAGUGAUAUAAAAUCACUGGAAAUUGUUGUUCUUCAAGCACUCUCAUUCGAUAUUGGUUUAACUGUAUUAGAUUUUGUUUAUCGAUAUUGUGAAAUAUCACCAAUGGAUAGAUCAAAUGAUGAUCUUCGUCUUUUAUUUUUUAUUUUGCAACUUUUAUUGAUUGAUCCUCAUACGUUCAUUGCACAUAAAUCAUCUUAUAUAGCUGCUUGUUCAUAUGCACUUGUACGACAUCUGAAACAAUAUGAAGUUACGUGGCCUCGUCGUUUAGCUCGUUCAACUGGUUAUGAUCCAGUUGAAAUAGCAUAUGGUGUAACAAAAAUAGCUGCUCAAUGUUUACAUGCUUUAUCAUCAACUGAACAUCAAGAAACCAUACAUCGAGAUUUAAUGUACAAAUAUGCGAAAGGUCCAGCCGUGCAAUUAAUGAAAUAUGAACAAGCCUUGAAUGAUAUUAUACAGCCAACAUCAGAUGAAAAUCAAUGA